UGAAUCACCACAUAGGACUCCUAUAGCAAUUGAAAAGGAUAGUGCAACCAACGCUCCUGAGCCUCGAUCUUGAGGAGGAGGGGUGGGGGUGAUCACAUCUCCCCCUCCCAUCCCUUCUCCCCCGUCCAUUUCCCAGAUGCACGCGGCACAGCCUGAAUGCGCGAAUUCUCGCGCAUGCAAGCUGUGCGAUAGCCCCGUCUCAACGGACACAUUGCGUAUCUCCCUCACCACCCCUCAUUCCCCCAACCUGCCCUACUCGGUUACCCGCCCCCUUCUCCCUACCGCCCUGGCGCCCGCUAUACGGCACCAAGAAGUCCUUCCCACAAUUAUCGCUUGAUUUCUUCCCCCCCCCGCGCUGCGUCCGGACGUGUCCUCGACGCGCGAGAGGCCGAUCGCCUCCGUGCGCGAUGCGCG